AUGUGCCCAAAGUAUACAAUAGGCAUCGAAUGCAGUGCAAAUAAGUUGGCAAUUGGGAUACUAGAUUCAAAAUGCCGUAUCUUGUCCAAUGUGCGACGGACUUUUGCUGCGCCUGCAGGAGAAGGAUUCUUUCCCCGUUGUGUCGCUCGGCAUCAUCGCCAACACAUAGCACAAUUGAUCAAAUUAGCACUCAACGAAUCAUGUAUUACUUUAUCGCAAAUUGGAUUGAUUUGUUAUACCAAGGGACCAGGUUUUGGUUCAUGCCUGUAUGUGGGCUCAGUGGCCGCGAAGGUUUUACACUUAUUAACCUCAGCUCCAGUUGUCUGCGUCAACCAUUGCGUGGCACAUGUUGAAAUGGGCAGAUUUAUCAGUCAAUUCUCCGAUCCUGCCGUCCUUUAUGUAUCGGGAGGCAAUACUCAAGUGCUAGUAUUUGACAGGAAUCGCCGUGUCUACUCGGUUAUAGGGGAGACGUUGGACAUUGCCGCAGGUAAUGUGAUAGACCGCGUUGCCAGGCUGCUUAAAUUACCAAAUUACCCGGCACCUGGACUGUCCAUUGAACUGCUGGCCCAAAAAGCCACAAUUAAGCAUAAGUUACUACCCUUGCCCAUAGCGCUAAAAGGCAUGGAUUGCGCCCUGAAUGGCAUAGUUAGCAAACUAGAGCUUUUAAUAUCCAGGCAUCCAAAUAUGGCGAUUAAACGCUUUGAAACCGUGCAAAAUGAAGCACUAAAACCACUAUGCGAUGGUAAUUACACUUUCGUUCAGGAUGCAAAAAGUAGGGACUUUCAAGAUACAUGUUCAGUAGGCACUAGGUCAUUAACCAACGAUUUGGAAUAUGUUAAAUUAGAAACCCAGAAAGACGUUGACCUAAACGAAUUCCACGCUGAAGAUGUCUGUUAUUCUGUACAGGAAAUUUUAUUUGCCAUGCUCGUAGAAAUUACUGAAAGGGCUAUGUCGUUUACCAAUGCAGAUUCGGUAUUGCUUGUGGGCGGCGUUGGCUGCAAUAGAAGAUUGCAGGAAAUGAUUGGCAAAAUGGCUGAAUGCCGUGGCGCGAAAUUGUGUCCUAUGGACGAACGCUACUGUAUUGACAAUGGCAUUAUGAUCGGUUACACUGGGCUGCUAGAAUAUCAAGUAACCAAGAAAUCCGCAAAAUUAGAGGAAAUGACGGUGUCUCAAAGGUACCGUACAGACGAAACGAUAAUACAUUGGCGGUAA